GGACAGGCGGGCUCUGCAGAACCUGGGACCAGAGCACACACAGUCGUAAGGCUCGGGCCUGCGUGGGCAAGGCUGGCCAAGGAUGGUGACGCCCAGGGUCCUGGGAGCCCUGCUUCUCCUGUUUCUCCUGCUCCUGGUCUCAGGUGAGGAAACUUCCAUAGAUAAAUCUAAGCCAACAACAGUUACACCGGAGCAGCCAAGAAACAUCUGCCGUGGGCUCCUCAAUAUGGGCCUGUACGACUCCUUCUACCUUGAGGACACUGCUGAGUGCUUCAAAAAGUGCGGGCAGUUAGAGAAUGAAUCCUGUGACCUGGGAAACUUGCAGAGAUACUGGCUGGAUUAUGAGACCCACCUGGUGGAGAACAGUACGAAGGAGAAGAUCGAUUUGUCUUUUUUGAAGACUUUUGUCAGUAACUUCAGCACCAAUAUCUCAGAAGACCUGCACUUCUCUCUGACCCCCUCUCAGAUUCCGACACAAUUGAUGGAGGAUGAGCACAAACCCCCUGACAGAGUCCGGCUGCCCAGGAGCCUGUUUGCAUCCGUGCAGAGCAGCAAGCCGAUGGUCCGCUUGGCCAUAUCUAUCCUGGACAUCGGGUCGGGGAGUCUCUUCAAGGGCCCUCAGCUCAGCCUGGAGGAUGACGGCAGCGUGUUAAACAAUCGCUUGGUGGGCUUGAGUUUGGGCCGCAUGCGUGUUACCGGGCUGGCCGAGCCUUUGGAAAUCACCUUCUCGCACCAACGUCAGCCUCCCAACAUGACCCUCACCUGUGUAUUCUGGGAUGUGACUAAAGGGCGAACAGGAGACUGGUCUUCCGAGGGCUGCUCCACGGAGCUGGGAGCCGAAGGGACUGUGUGCCGCUGUAACCACCUGACCUUCUUCGCCCUGCUGCUGAGGCCGAUCUUGGACAAAGCCACUGUGCAGGCCCUCACACGCAUUUCCCAGGCUGGGUGUGGAGCCUCCAUGAUCUUCCUGGCCUUCACCAUCGUCUCCUACACUGUCCUGAGGUUCUCCCGGCAGAGGUUCAAGUCGGAAGAUGCCCCCAAGAUCCACUUGACCCUGAGUGUUUGCUUGUUUCUCCUGAAUCUAGCCUUCCUCAUCAAUAUGGGGCAUGACCCGAAGGAGUCCAAAUCCACCUGUUGGGUCUUGGGGGCCAUCUUUCACUACUUCCUGCUCUGUGUCUUCACCUGGAUGGCCCUAGAAGCCUUACACCUCUACCUGCUUGUUAUCAGGGUCUUUAACACCUACUUCAGUCACUACUUCCUGAAGCUGAGCCUCGUGGGCUGGGGUCUGCCAGCCCUGAUGGUCAUUGGUACCAGGAGUGCCAACAGCUAUGGCUACUACACCAUUCGUGACAAGGAGAACAGGACGUCACUGGAGUUGUGCUGGUUCCGUGCAGAUACUGCUAUCACUGCCCUCUACGUCACUGUCCAUGGCUACUUCCUCGUCACGUUCCUCUUCAGCACCGUGGUCCUGAGCCUGGUGGGCUGGAAGAUCUUCACUCUGUCAAGUGCCACAGCAGGCAAGAAGAAGCGGCAGAACUGGAAAGGGCUCCUCACCUUGCUGGGCCUCUCAAGCUUGGUGGGCAUGACAUGGGGGCUGGCCAUCCUCACGCCUCUGGGCCUGUCAACCAUCUACGUAUUCUCACUUUUCAACUCCCUGCAAGGUGUCUUCAUCUUCUGCUGGUUCAUCAUGCUCUACUUCCCAAGCCAGAGUGACGUGUCUUCCUCUUCUGGUCCUGCACGAGUAGGGCAGACCCAUACGACGUCACAAGAAUAGGGGGCUGGCUCUGCGCUCUGGACUCAGCUCUGACUUGCUGUGUGACCUUGGACAGCUCCCUGCCUCCCUCUGGGCCACAGUUUCCAUGUCUGUACAUGUGGCUGGGGAGGGUGGGGAUGGGGGCCAGAUUGGACCACAUGACAUCAAAGAUCCCAUCGA